AUGGAUGUCUCUACAGCGAACCGUGAACACGAGGCUAUUGUAAUGGACAGGCUGAAGGGACCGGGCCCUCCCACUGAAGGGCCAUGCCAUGAUCUAGACACGGUGAUUGUCGCUUGGAAUGGACCGGACGAUCCUCAAGAUCCCUUCAAUUGGCCCCUCCGGAAGAAAUGGUGGGCAACUGGACUAGGCCUCCUUGCGAGUUAUGUCUGUUCGAUGAACGGGACCAUCAUUGCCGUUGCCCACCAAGCCAUCCGCGAGGAAUUCCACAUCUCAGAUGCAGCGUUCCCUCAUUCCUACUGGCCAACCACGUCAUGGGGAAUCGGGGCUGCGCUGAUUCCACUUUUCUUGUUUCCUGUCAUGGAGGACUUUGGCGUUCGACCCGUCGUUCUGGGCACAUAUUUCGUCUUCGUUUGUUUCCUUAUUCCAGUCGGUCUGGCGCACAACUUUGCAACCCUGAUCGUGAUUCGAUUCUUUAGUGGUGGGUGUGUGCCGAUUAUGAGCGAUGCUGUCGCUAGUAUCGUGUCGAAUGUUUUUCAAGGAAAUCGAGCCCGGAGUGUGCCGAUAUGUCUUUAUGUGACAAUAUAUCUCGGUUCGACCAGCAUAGGCCCAGUAAUCGGGUCCUCAAUACUUCAAUUCCUUUCUUGGCGCUGGAUUGGCUAUAUCGAACUCAUCUGGACCGCCGCCCUAUAUCCUAUUCUCGUCUUCGGUCUUCCUGAGACUCGCGGGUCGGCUAUUCUGUUCGCCAGGACCAAACGACUGCGCCAAGAGGGGAAGAAGGCGUACACAAAAGAGGAGCUUGAACAUAAACCACUGCAUCAGGUGAUGAUAAAGAGCGUGCAACGGCCUCUGUACAUGUUAUGUACAGAACAUGUCGUGAUUGUUGCCGCUCUUUGGGCUGCCUAUAGCCUUGGCAUCAUUUACCUCUUCACCCAGUCAGUCGAGCAAGUGUACCGAAAACUCUAUGGUUGGAAUGCCGUCCAGGCAGGAUAUGUCCAAGCUGCGAUUGUUAUUGGGGAAAUUCUCGGCGGCGGACUGUGCAUUUCCACAAAUCACUGGUACUACGCUUCUGCUGCCCGGAAUACCGAAGCUCCCGAUACACCAAUUCCUGAGGCCAGACUGUAUCCAUCGAUUAUUGGAGGAUUCUUCGGUGUCACCGGCGGGAUGUUUAUAUACGGAUGGACCGCAUACCCUUUCAUUCAUUGGAUCGCACCCACAGUCGGCCUAGCCAUGGUGGGGCUUGGAACGACUGCUGUCAUUGUAGGCAUUGCCGACUAUCUUGUCGAUGCAUACAGCAAGUAUGCGGCGAGCGCUCUCGGGGCCGUCGGUCUAGCCGAGAAUAUCUCCAUUGCAUUUCUCCCUCUGGCUGCGACAGCCAUGUACACAGAUCUUGGAUUGCAAUGGGCGAGUUCCCUUCUUGCAUUCCUGUCAUUAGUGCUCGUCGCUAUGCCGUUCUUAGUCCUCAAAUGGGGCAAAGAGAUUCGAUCGCGCAGUCCGUUUAUGAAAGAGGCCAUUAUCGACCGUCGACGAGACGUCGCAGCUAGUGUAUGA